CGCCAGCCGCGGCGGCCAUUGGAGGGUGAACCAACAGCAAAAGGAAGACCUUUCUCGCUAUCUCUCUCUCUCACUGUCCACUCUGCCUGUCAAAAAAAAAUAUAUAUAUAUGUUUUUAAUACCUGCUUCCACUGAUCUGUCCACAUUUUGCCAGAACUAAGUGCUAAGAGGUUAUAUGGGAAUAUCUAUAAUGGAAUAAUAUUACUUUGAAUUACAGACAUGAGUGUGGAGAGUUGAGGAGAGAGAGAGAGAGAGAGGGAAAGAGAAACCUUAACAUAAAAAUAUGGUGAGGGUGUGGUGCUGUGGUGCAGUGGGUUAAGUCACUGCCUGCAGUGCCUGCAUUCCAUAUGGGUGCUGGUUUGAGUCCUGACAAUUCCACUUGUGUUAUGGCACCCUGCUAAUGCACCUGGGAAAGUAGCAGAAGAUGGCUCAAGUCCCUGGGCCCCUGCCAUACACAUGGUAGCUCCUGGCUUCUGCCUGGCUCACCCCAUUUGCUCUAGACAUUUGAGGAAUGAACCAGUGGAUGGAAGACCUCUCUCUCUGUCUCAGAUUUGUAUAUAACAUCCACAACCUUUUUUUUUUUUUUUAAAGAUGUAUUUAUUUGAAAGGCAGAGUUACAGAGGUCAGGAGGAGAGAGAGAGAGAGAGAUCUUCCAUCUGUUGGUUCACUCCCCAAAUGGCCACAACGGUCAGAGCUGGGCUGGUCCCAGAUCAGGAGCUAGGAGCUUCUUUCUGGUCUCCCAUGUGGGUGCAGGAACCUAUAGAUGUGGACCAUCUUCUGCUUUCCAAAGUCAUUAACAGGGAGCUGGAUCAGAAGUAGAGCAGCCAGGACUUGAACUGGCACCCAUGCAGGAUGCCAGCACUGUAGUUGGCAGCUUUACCCACUAAGCCACAGCACUGGCCACCACAAGCAUCCUUUAUAUCAUCUCUUAGAGGACAUCCAAUAGUAUUUCAAAGAAAAUGCUGUGUAAAUAGUUGUUAUACCACAUUGUUUAGAGAACAGUGUCUAGAAAAAAAGCUCUGUUCGGUACAGAUGCAACUUUUUUUCUCAAUAUUUUCUGAGUUUGGUUGAAUCCAUAGGUGAAGAAUUUAUGGCUUGGAAAGCUGAAUGUAUUUAAAAUAUCAGUCACUUAAGACUUCACCCCUGCAUCUUAAAGUCUACAUUACUAGGAAGCUAGAGUUAGGUGGUAAAGGUAGGCACUCUGAUGUCGGUGGGGGUGUCCCGCCCAUUAGGCCAAACACCUGCUCGGGUAAGAGUAUCUUACCGCCUUCUUUAAUAUUAUACCCAAACUCCACGAGUUGUAGUUUUGUAAAGGUUACUUGCAUUGUGGAAUCAAAAAUGAAUUUUAUUAUUUUUAACAUUUGAUGUAUUAAAAUCCAUUGCACUUUUAAUUGUAUAUUGUACCCAUUUCACAAUUUUGUUCAGUCAUACAUUGGUCAUUUGGAAACUUGGUAAGGAACUUGUACAGAUCGUCUACUAUCACACCCAUCAUCUUCAGUUUGAUCUCGUCAGGGGAGGCUUGGUUCAUUGGGCAGCUGUCAGGUUCACAGAAUGCUUGAAAGCUCAGAUAUUUCAUUGGCAGCAAAUAGUGUCAGUGGUUUUCUUGAAGAAGCACUCUCCCUUUCUUUGUGUUGGAGAAAAUGACUGCCAAAUAUACAAGGCAGAAUAACCCGUUUGUGAAUUGUUCUUUCAAGUAAAAAUGGUUGUCCCUGGGGAAAAAAAAAAAGCCAAAACUGUCCAGCUCAGCCUGCUGCUCAGUCACACCAAUGUUUUCUUCUAGACAGCCUUGUACUUUGGCACAGCACAGUGCUUCCUGUGGACUGCCCGUUUCUAGCAAGUAUCUAGAAGCCCCGGGCUCCAGACUUGAAAGUGGUAAUUCUGACUCCCUGCUUCGUUCCUUAAGCACACAUUGCAAAGGAAGCUGGCUUUUUGGCUUUUAAGCUGCUAAUGUGUGGCCGUGGCGACUGCUUUCAUUUGCUGCCAUUGCUCUGAGUAUGCUGAGGCGCCAGCAGUUUCCCCACACUUGCUUUUGCACCAGAAGUGCUAAUGUCAGCACAGUGAAAAGACAAAUCGUGUCUUCGUGUCAAGCUAAAAAUAGUUGGGACCUCUGAGAAGGUCUUGGGGACUCCCAGGAAUCCCGAAGCCACCUUUUGAGAACCCCUGCUUGAAGUGCAUGGGGCCACCCUCACAGCAUCGUCCCUGCAGUGUCAGAAGUCAGCGUUUCUGUAGUCCGUGACUUCGUAGUCACACGGGGUGGACUGUCCUCUUGUGAGAUGGGCAGCGUCAUGGGGCAGUGCUCUGGCCAGGCCUUCUUGUUAGCAUUCUUCUACGGAGAUUCCAGCUCCUGCUGCCUCCCCGCACCUCCCGUUCAUCUGCAGGCUCGGCGUAAAGGCUUCCCCUGGUCCUCCGACUGGGAUGCUGUUCCGUUUGUACUUCCCACAGGGCUUACAUUGUUGGUUUGCACCCUCCGGGUUUUUUUUUUUUUUUUUCUUUUUUCUUUCUUUUUUUGUCGAUCCCUUUAAUUACUUAAAGACCACAAGGAGUUACUGUUUCCUUUGCAAUCCUCGUGAUUAAGAAAAAGGCGUGGAGGGCGUUUUGUAACUGGUAGCCUCACUGUAGUGAAGUCUAAACUAAAAGCCGAGUAAAAGAAAUAACGGGUUGGUUGCCUAUUUCCUGAUGGCAAGCCUUGGAAGGAUCCGAAGUAGCGAACGCCGUUUACUGUUUACUUAUGCGGUUCUGUUGCCCUCGGCUCCUCGGCGCACCCGGUGGUCAACAAAUAUUCACAUCGGGGCUGGAGUGCCAAGCGACCGGCUUGUACAAUGAAGACAGAAACCUGCUUCGAAUUAGAGAGAAGGAGAGGCGCAAUCAGGAAGCUCACCAAGAGAAAGAGCCACUUCCGGAAAAGAUUCCCCUUUUUGGGGAGCCUUACAAGACAGCAAAAGGUGAUGAGCUCUCCAGUCGUAUACAGAACAUGUUAGGAAGCUAUGAAGAAGUGCAGGAGUUCUAUAGUAGCAAGCCCCAAUCCCAGCCCUUGGACGCUUCUGGGAACAGGUUGGAAAGGCCGAGAUAUCCUUUCUUUCCUGACAAGGGGAGCAGCAUUCCAUCUAACUCCUUCCAAACUGCCGUCCCCCACCAGCCCAUUCACACUCCCGCCUCUGGACCACUUCCUGUUGGUAACGUUAACCACAAUCCAAAGAUGGCACAGCCAAGAAUGGAACCAAUGACAAGUGUCCAUGCCAGAAGUUAUGGCUCACUGGACAGUCAGCACCUGACCCAGGAUCGCCCUGGUCAGGAAGGGUACAGCUCCAGUCAUCACAAAAAAGGGGACCGCAGGACUGAUGGAGAACAUUGUGCUUUGAUGAUGGCCUCUGCUGCAGGGAAGGAGCUUUCUCCCUUAAUCUCUUUGCCAUCUCCAGUACCCCCUUUGUCACCUCUACAUUCCAACCAGCAGAGUCUUCCCAGGACACAAGGAAGCAGCAAGGUUCAUAGCAGUAACAACAGCAAAGGCUACUGCCUGGCCAAAUCUCCCAAGGACCCAGUGGUGAAAGUCCAUGAAAAAGAGACCCCUCAAGACAGCUUGGUGGCAGUGGCCAGCCUUGGGAUAGCCCCUCCCCAGCCACCUUCUCAGACAUUUCCACCCUCCUCCCUCCCCUCAAAAACCAUUGCCAUGCAACAGAAGCCUACAGCUUAUGUCCGGCCCAUGGAUGGUCAAGACCAGGCUCCCAGUGAGUCUCCUGAACUGAAACCACUGCCGGAGGACUACCGACAGCAGACCUUUGAAAAAACAGACUUAAAAGUGCCUGCCAAAGUCAAACUCACCAAGCUGAAGAUGCCUUCUCAGUCAGCUGAGCAGACCUACUCCAAUGAAGCCCAUUGUGUUGAAGAGAUUCUGAAGGAAAUGACCCAUUCAUGGCCUCCUCCUUUGACAGCAAUACAUACGCCUAGUACAGCUGAGCCAUCCAAAUUUCCUUUCCCCACAAAGGAGUCUCAGCACAUUUCUUCUGCAACCCAAAACCAAAAACAAUAUGAGACAUCUUCAAAAACCCACCCUACUUCUCAGCAGGGGACAUCCAUGCUUGAAGAUGACCUUCAGCUCAGCGACAGUGAGGACAGUGACAGUGAACAAACCCCAGAGAAGCCGCCUUCCUCAGCCGCACCUCCAAGUGCUCCCCAGUCGCUUCCACAGCCAGUGGCAUCAGCACAUUCCAGUAGUGCCGAGUCGGAGAGCAGCAGUGACUCGGACAGCUCCUCAGACUCGGAGAGUGAGAGCAGUUCCAGUGACAGCGAAGAGAAUGAGCCCCUUGAAACCCCGGCUCCAGAGCCAGAGCCUCCAACAACCAACAAAUGGCAGUUGGACAACUGGUUGACCAAAGUGAGCCAGCCAGCAGCGCUCCCUGAAGGCCUCGGGCGCCCAGAGCCCGUGCGCCGACACCAGGAGGGCAAGGGCGGCAGUGACAGCGGCACAACAGGGCAGGAACAUGCUGACCCCAAAGAUCCAACCGCCAAGAACUCCAGCAAAGCCCCCCGGAUCCCUCCCGAAGGCUCUCACUCUGGAAAGAGAAGCUGCCAGAAGUCACCUGCACCCCAGGAACCUUUGCUGAGGCAAACCCUUGGAACCAAACAACCCAAAAAGCCCGCCAAAGUUGCUGGCCAGGCCCACUCGCAGGCUGGCCUGCAGGUGGAAAGUGAGCCAGGACGGGCCCUGGACUCUGUGCAGCAGACCGCCAAGGACAAGCCUAAAGUGAAGACGAAAGGCAGGCCACGCUCUGGGGCUGGCCGAGAGUCCAAGCCUGCUGUUCCCACCCCCGGUGAGCGGAAAAAACACAAGAGCCCCCCGCCACCGGCCCCCUGCAAGGCGCCUGCGGGCCGGGAACCCACAAAGGAACACGCAGAGGCCCGGAGCCCCGAACCCUUAGCUCUUGUUCCCUUGGCACAGAGCCAAGGUGUGCCCCCCAGCGGCAGCGGCGCCAGGACUAGUGGCUGCCGGCAGGCUGUGGUCGUCCAGGAGGACGGCCGCAGAGACAAACUCCCGGUGCCUUUGAGAGACACCAAGUUGCUCUCGCCGCUCAGGGACCCUCCUCUCCCACAAAGCCUGAUGGUGAAGAUCACCUUGGACCUUCUUACACGCAUACCCCACCCGCCUGGCAAGGGCAGCCGCCAAAAGAAACCCGAGGACAAACAGCUGCCUGCUGGGAGGAAGCAAGACUCCGAGAAGAAAAGCUCCGACCCCUCUUGCAAGUUGGCCAAAAAGAGGAAGGGCGAAGCAGAAAAAGACUACGAUAACAAGAGAAUCAGACUGGAGAAAGAAGUCAAACCCCAGUCCUCUUCAUCCUCAUCCUCCCACAGAGAAUCUUCUAAAACAAAGAUACCCAGGCCCUCCUCAGAGCCCUCAAAGAAGGAGAUGCCUCCCCCUCCACCUGUGUCCUCGUCCUCCUCGUCCUCGUCUUCUUCUUCCUCCUCCUCCUCCUCCUCCCAGAAGCCAACGAAGCCUGCACACAAGAGGUCCAGGCAGGAAGCAGACAGCUGUGGCUCAGACCCUCACAAAAGUGCCAGUAGUACCAAGAGCAGCCAUAAAGACUCUUCCGUCGUCAAGCACAGAAAAGUACCGGGGAAGGGCUGUGGAGGCGCUGUGGAGCACAAGGGAGCUUCUGGGGAUGCUGCGAAUCCCUUCCCCGUGCCUUCUUUGCCAAAUGGUAACUCUAAACCAGGGAGGCCUCAAGUGAAGCGCAACAGACAACAAGCUGAUUUUCACAUGAAGGAAGCCAAAAAGUUGAAGGACAAAGCAGAGACAAUGACUGACAAAGUUGGGAAAGCUUUCAAGUACCUGGAAGCCGUCUUGUCCUUCAUCGAGUGCGGGAUAGCCAUGGAGUCGGAGAGCCCGGCGUGCAAGGCCGCCUACGCCGUCUACUCCGACACCGCAGAGCUCCUCAAGUUCAUAAUGUCAUUAAAAUCCUUUUCAAGUGCCACAACCCAAGAGAAAAUAUUUGCUGUUUUAUGCAUGCGUUGCCAGUCCAUUUUGAAUAUGGCAAUGUUUCGGUGUAAAAAAGACAUAGCAAUAAAGUAUUCCCGUACUCUCAACGAACACUUUUGCACCAGUUCUUCCAAAGUUGCCCAAGCACCUUCUCCAUGCAUCGCAAGAAGCACGGGCACACCAUCCCCUCUUUCCCCAAUGCCUUCUCCUGCCAGCUGUCUCGGGUCCCAGUCAAGUGCUGGCAGUGUGGGGAGCAGCGGGAUGACUGCCACCGUCAGCACCCCGGUCACCAUCCAGAACAUGACAUCGUCCUAUGUCAGCAUCACAUCCCACAUUCUCACCGCCUUUGAUCUUUGGGAACAGGCUGAGGCCCUGGCAAGGAGGAAUAAAGAAUUUUUUGCUCAGCUCAGCACAAAUGUGGGCACCUUGGCCCUCAACAGCAGUUUGGUGGAUUUGGUGCACUAUACAAGACAGGGUUUUCAACGACUCAAACAAUUAACCAGAACACCUUAAUGGAGGCCCAAGUUGACUCAAUGCCUUGGAAACUUAUUUGCACAUUGGAAGCCUCACAUCCAGUCUGGACAUCUGUCUCAUCAGGACGCCGAACUUAAAGCACCGUGACAUGGCCAGGACAUUUGUCCACGUAACCUCUCGAGACCUGUGUGAUCAUUAGUGGGACGCAAUGGUUCUGCAGAAGCAGAGAGAGGAGGGCUGUCGGCCACAGAGAUGAUAUUGCCUUUCCUAACUGAAGGACAGAAGUGCAAUGUAGCCGAUUGGGUGUAGGAGUGGUCUGGAGACAUUUCUGUGUGAGUGUGAUUUUUUUAAAAAGCCAGCAGGAUGCAAGUUGCGAGUGAAUCGAGGAGAAGCAGUCUCCACUCUGGAAGCAAACCCCAUCAUCUCAGUAGCCUCACUAGUCCAUUCCCAGAAGGAAAUUUUUUUUUAAACAAUGAAUUUUGGUGAAGGGCUUUGUGGAUGAUUUUUUUUAACGUUUUGGGGGAAAUAUUUGUUUAAUACAUUCUGAUUGCCAUCUGUAAACCAUAAUGUUGUGAAGGACUCCACUCUGCCCCUCUUUCUGCCAAUGAAUGGUGGUUUUGAUAAUACCAAGUAUUGUCCUAAUUUAUAAAACUGAAGGCGGCCCCCCACCCAGUGGCCUUUAGUCCCACAGAUUCACCACCAGUUGUGCUGCUUGUCAGCUGAGGUCAACGCCGUGGAGGGGGAGCCAUCACAAGGUCGACAGAGACUGUGGAGGACGUGGCCCUGCCCCCUCCCUUCGGUGCAAGGGGCUGGCUAGCAAGGCGGUUGGCAUUGGCCAUCCUCUGAAUGUCCAGCCUUGGGAAAGAAGGGAAUCAACACUGAUACCUGACCAGAUGGAGGAAGUGCUUUUGUGUUGAAAUAGAGCUGGAAUUUGAGGUGCUGUGUGUGGUCUGCAGUAAAUGUGGUAACUCUAAUGUGUCUAACCAACUCAGAGUUUUGUUAGUGAACAAAGAAAAAUGAAAUCUACUUCUUAGAGAGGCUAUAUUUUUCUGCUACAAAUUAUUUUAUAUUUAUAGCAAAACCAGACCUUCCAAUCCCUUUACUGUCUAGGAAAAUUAACUCCCUGAGAGGAUGUGGAGAUUUGGGGAUUAAUUGGACUUUUAAAAAAUUGUCACCACAUGCCUUCACUCCAGUGUUCUUGGUCAACUCGAUUUGAUUACGUUCAGGAGGAACUGUGGCCUUCCCAGACGCUAUUGUCAUACUGUGUGUGUUAAACCCAGUUCGUUCUGAAUGGCAUGGGCUGAAAGAACACAAGUAGAAUUUCCUCAUGCCCAUAAGCACAGGUUUUCUUUUUCAUUGAAACUUUGAAGGUGGUUGUUUUGAGUGCAUUUAUCUGAAAGCCAAUUCUUUUUAUCCCUUCUAGAAAGAGGUAGAAUUUGCACAUGUAUUAAAACUGAGGAGUGUGUAUUGUGUAACUGGUUAAUUCUCCACCCCACUCUGACUCUCUUCAUAUUGUUUCCUACCAAGCAUGUUUCACACUUGGAUAUUUAUUUAUUGUGAAGAAGGGAGAACCGUUUGUAUUUAUACUGAAGACUCCGAGGGUUCCCGUGGUGAAUGUAAGAGCUUUGUUGGUAGUUUGGUGACUACACAAAGGGACGUGCAGAGGACGGGGCAGUGUGUGUCUGUCACAGUGUGAGCUGCUGGUGUGGGUGGAGCUCCUCCUCCGGCCUGUCUUUGCUGACGUGGUGGCUGAGGCCAGACCUCGAUAUGUGACCCUGACUGGCUCCUUUCAUUUACUGAUGCCGUGGAGCAAAGCAGUGUUCCUUUUCAGUGUAUUCGUUCAGACAGACGAUCUGGUGUUCAAAGGACAGUAACUGCCUGGCAGGGUGUGUGCUUACAGCGUUGUGCAGUCACCUCCACAUGUGGGGCACAAGGCACCAGAAUCAGGUGUAUGCGAUGAUUCUAGCAUCUUUCUUUCCUCCUCCUCCUGGGCUGUCCCCUCCCUGUGACCCCUGCCACUCCUGGGAACAAGCGCCUGUCAGCUCUGAAGGCUUAGGUGGCUCCCGUAGGUCCUCACCGAUGCAGAUCGCGCCAGAGCCGCGUUCCAGCAGCCGCGGUGCCACCCCACUGGAGCUACCUUCCAGUGGAUUGAUUAGCCAGUUCUAAAAGAACAAAUUGCUUUCUCAGUGGCCUUUUUCUGAACUCUGUAUUCAAUUUUUAUUUGUCCCUUUAAACUCUUAACAUUUACAUAGAUCAUCAGCUUGUACUCUUCUGGUCAUUGGACAUUUCUUACUCUUACUGCCACACUUACUGUACCCAAAAACAAGUUCCCCAGUGGCUACCUUUAAAGUGCAGUCUGCAAGAGGUAGUGGCUGAUGAGUCCUUUUCGUUCAUGUCUUUUCCCCCUGCUACAGUUGUGUACAGAAGUCUUAAGGACUUUUUAAAUCAUUUGCAUUUUUCCACUUCACGCUUACAAGUUCCAAAGGCACAAUUUGUACUGAGGUAGACAAUUUGGAAAGAUUAGAAAAUAAAAUGAAACCUUGGGACACGUGGAAAUCUUGUCACAGUAGUAACAGUGCACAUUUCAGAGUGACACACACACAAAACAUCUGAAGGAAUAAACACGGUGUGAAUCUCCCCACUAGCACUACAGCAGUGUGUGUGUGUGUCUGUCUGUGUGUGUCUGUGUCUGUGUCUGUGUGUGUCUCUCUCUCCUCAAGAGGAGAUGGAAGAAUGCCGCUUGACUCUCUCCUGUCCUUUGUAAACUGUGAAUGUGUGAAUGUAAGAGCCCUGCCAAGUGACAGGCUCUCCGCACGACACGGGGUUCAGAGGCUACAAACCUAGGCCGUGUGUGGGUGCAGUCAGGGGCCCGGGACGCAGCUGGCAGGAGUGAAUGACCACAGCAGAGCUUGGCCUCCUGGUAUGAUGACUGGAUCAUAAGACCAAGCGGGCAAAGCAAGCAAAUGAUUUUUUUUAAGCAAAAAGUUUAUGGAUUCUUUUAGCCAAAAUUUAUAGAUAUUUCUCCUAGACAAAUUGGACCACACCUCGUUCCCUUGUUCUGUAUUGUGUAACGCCAGAUCUCAGGAUGUUUAGAUGCUAGCAAACUCUACCCCUUUCUGGCACAAGCUUGCCUUAAAUUGAUAUCUUAUAUAUUAACCGUAGUAAGGUCAGGAGCUUACUAUUUUUAUUAUUAUUCUUGUUAAGUGACUUUUGGAAAGAAAAAAACCAUUUUGUCCUCCACAAUGAACAAAAUUUGUUUCAGAUAUAUAAAUAUAUAUAUACACACACACACACACGCAUGCACCUAGAGAUUGAAUUGGGUUUAUUCCUUACACCUUUGUUAAGCAAACCCAGUUUUCAAAUUGUCCAUGUGUGUUUUGCCAUGGCUCCAGUAGGCGUGACGUGGGCCUUCACACCUUCUCGUCUGCUUUAUGAAGUUUGCAGUGCAUUUGUGCAUCUCGCAGUAAAUGAAAUAAGGUUUGAGGUUGGACUUUUUUUAAUGUACUUAAAAAUGUCUCCCUGCCUCCUACCAGAUUCUCGCUCCCUUUUUUCUUAGUGAUUUUCUUAAACACUACAACACAUCUUUGAAAAACAUUGCCACUUCAUCUGUGACACUCUUUACCAGUAACUAGCAGUAUUUAAAUCUUGAAAGAAUAUUUGGACUUCUUUGAGGGAACACAGAGUUACAGAUUUGGGUGUGGGGACGGAAGCUCGUUCCCAUCGCAGCUGUAGGGGCGGCCGGGAUCCGGGACACAGGACUUGGGCUUUGUCUUCCUUUCUCUGGCAGUUGCCUCUCUGGCUUUUAGUCCCAUUUAGAGUGAGUGGAUGGGAGGUGUUUUCCCGUGUCUGUUUUGUUUUCUUUUCUUUUCGGCUCAUCUUGCUGCGGGGAGGUGCGAUGGCCAAACACAGUGAUGUUGGAGAGUUCUUUCCAACGUGGCGGGUGGUAUUUCUGUGGCGUGAAUCUCAAGUGUGCAAUCCAGAUGUGUGCGUUUCUUGGUAACAGAGUACCCAUCUCUUCAUGAAUCGUGAGCACUGAGCAUGCCUUUUAGUUCUUAUUUAUGAUGAACUGACAAAUGCCAGCUACCACUAUCCUUCAGGCAGCUGUCAGCUUCUCCUUGUUUUCCGGGAAGCCGCACUUCUGCACGUCAGACGUCAGUAGGUACCGCUAUGGGCAGAGGAGCGUUCGCACGUCUCUACCUAAGAGGGAGCCCAAGAGGGCAGGAAGGAAACCCUACAGCUCGUCAGUGUCUGUUGAGACGCCGGCCUGGGAAGACCCCUGACAGGAGGCUGGCUGAGCUGCCCUGCGCUGCAGGCGGUGGCUGCCCCAAGCCCGAGAACUUGCUUUGCAGAAGAGUAGAUGCUGAAGUAUGCUCAGCACAGGCAGUAUUAACUUUGCUUUUUGUCCGGCCAUCAGCACGUGGUGUUAAAAUUUCUGUACAUCCUCCCUCAGAUACCAAGAAUACACUGUCCAUGCUGGGGUGUGUGUGCGUGUACGUGUGUCUCCCAAAUCUUGGUGUGUCCCCCCCCCCCUUUUUUUUUUCUGAAUGUGAUCAUGUUUUGGAUGAUACCUGAGCAGGGUUGCCUUUUUUUAUUUAUUACCAUUAUAUAUUAUAUUAUAUUAUAUAUUUUUGCUUUCUUAUAACAUUAGAGGAAAGUUAAAUCUUCAUAUUAAUAAAAUUGUUUAAUAAAGGAAUGAAUUGUCCAGUUGAUAAAUGAAAGUCACUGGUAUAUCUUUAGCGAGUUUUCUUUAAUCACUGUGGAGUACUGUGCCAGCUGUCGUCGACACAAUGAUUUUGUAUGUAGGGUAGGGAGCAGUGAUGCUCUCAACAGGAAGAUGGCGAGGCAAAUUAAUGGGGAGGGGGACUCCCUGCAUUUUAUCUACUUCAGCAAUGAAACUGCAACUUGGGGCUUUUGUGAAUAAAAUUUAGCUGCCUCGUAUAGUCCUUUGAAAGAGACAUACACGAUCUCUGAGAAAAUUAUAGUUUGUUUUUUUUUUAGAAGAAAAAUGUGCAAAAGAUCUUUCCAAAGAUGAUGUGCCACAGAUCUUUUGUUUGUUGUUCUCUGUAAUGAGGAUCAAAUGCUGUUUAAACGAAGAACUGACUUGUUCAUCUUGGAAUCCUUUCUUUCCACAAAAGGAUCAAGCCGCAUAAAAACAAUAAAGGUUUAGAGAAAUCGUUGGUGUUGGA